AACGCUCAACUCUGAAGCAUUAACCAAACAGCCCCUACCCUUAAUACAGUCAUGGACCAUAGAUAUGAUUCUUCAGAGACUCACAGGAACAAGUGUGCAGCAUGCUAUCGGCAGUUCAACAAAAAGGAGCACCUAGUUGAACACAUGAGGACAUCUUAUCAUUCAGUUCACGAACCCAUGUGUGGCGUUUGCAAAAAGCACACUCGAUCUUUUGAAUCUUUGCGAGAGCAUCUCAUUGGGCCAUUGCCAAAGGCAGAUUGUGAAAGGAUUUUCAAGGAGGUAGGAUGUGACAUUUGUUUGAAAAUCCUUCCUAGCCGAAAUGCACUCAGGGCUCACAGGGACUCAUGUCAACUCUCUCGCUCAAAUAAUGGUGUGCUCUAUCGCAUGGCUAAGUUGGGAAUUAAAGAUGACCUAAGGAUUGACAAUAGCCGAGGAAGAGCUGUUGCUCUUGCCUGCAAAAUGGUAGGCGGUGGCAUCGAUGGCUCUUUGGAUCUUUGUGCAAGAGUUUGCCUCAUUGAUGAGCAUGAAAAUAUCCUCUUUCACUCCUACGUCUCACCAAACCUUCCCGUCACUAACUACAGGUAUGAAACAACAGGCAUAAGGCCGGAACAUUUGAGGGAUGCAAUGCCAUUGAAGCAAGUAUCAAGAAAGAUUCAAGAUUAUCUUUGUAAUGGGGAACCUGUGUGGCAGAUUCGUUCUAGAAGUGGAAGGGCUAGGAUUCUUGUUGGUCAUGGUUUGGAUCAUGAUCUUAAAUGUUUAGACAUGGAGUACCCGGCGAUAUUGAUCAGGGAUACUGCAAAAUACCCUCCAUUGAUGAAAACAAGCAAGCUCAGUAACUCACGCAAGCACUUGACCAAAACUUACCUUGGGUAUGACAUUCAGACAGGAGUCCAAGAUCCCUAUGAUGAUUGUGUUGCUACUGUGAAGCUCUAUAUGAGAAUGAAAUCACAAGGCCAUAAAAGGGAGGACUAUCCACUUGCCACAGACCCACAAAAUCGAAAUAAUUUUGCGUCGUGGAAGCAAAGCGAGCUUGAGAGGAUGACGCCUGAAACAAUGCUGGAAAUCUCACGAUCUGAUUAUUACUGCUGGUGUUUGGAUUCCUAAGACAUUUCAAGUGAUGGACAAUGAUAUUGAUGAUUCAUUUAUAGACAAAGAAAGAAAGAAAAUAACAGUAAAAACACAACCCAGCAUAUUAAUGAUAUGAUUUAUGCGACUCUUCAUUAGACACCGAGAAUUUCAACUGAUACUUUGAGAACACAUUUACUACUUACUUAAAAGAGUACAACGUACACUUAUUCAA